AUGCUCGCGCACGGCUCAGCCCCGUUUCUGUCGACUUUCCUCCUCGUACAUCUAUCGGCGCCUAUUUCAGCUAACAUCGGUGGAUCUGGACUAGCAUCUAGCGUCAUGCUUCUAGGCAGGGAGUACUACCAAACCAUGUUCGGAGAACGAUACUUGCUCUUCUUGCCCUUCGCUGUCCACGUUACGUCGAGUGUAGCCAAGCGAGUCAUCCUCACUUUCGCCUCGGACUCGUCUUCGACCUCUCCUUCAAGCCGUCAGUCUAUAUCAGACUUAGACUCCCCCGCUCAGUCUGAAAGGCCAUUUGCUCCCAAACCACGUCCUCGCAUCCGCAAACUGACGAGCUUACUCAGUAUCUCAGCAUAUACGGCUCUUUUCCUCUUCGUUCCUAUCCACGUUGCUACACAUAGGCUCUUACCUGCCGAAGCAGACACUCUUGCGUGGCCCUCGACUGACGUCGAUUUGGACCCACUAGGUUCUUCCGAACUUGAUUAUGAGUUCGUCAAGACAGCUAUAAAGACGUGGCCGUGGCGGAGUUGGAUACUCUACACCGGGAUCAUGGGCUGUGUGCUCGUGCACGCCGCGCAAGGCGCCUCCGUUAUUUACGCACGUUACAUCAGGGGCCGCGUGGGUUUGCGAAGCCGGCCGUCUCCUCGUAGGAGUAGUGGAAAUGCCCUUGGAUUUGCCAGAAGCAACAAGAAGGCUGCAGCGCUGGCUGGGGUGGCUGCGUUGCCGGUAUUAACAGGUCUCUGGGUGCUUUCAAGAGAACCAACGCUCGCAUUAUCGUCAGUCAUCCAGCGGUACCAGAUCACCUUGAUGGGCUCUUGGGUGUAUCGGUUGUGA